AUGAAUAUCACCAAGAAGUUCGACCGCGCCUUCCAAUGGGCUGGCGAGAAGAUGGGCAGCGAGGCCAAGACGAGCACGACGGACGAUUUCAAGAUGCUCGAGCUAGAGAUGGCUUUGAGGUUUGACGGCAUGGACCGUCUGCAGAAGUCCAUGAACGCAUACGUCAAGUGGCUCGGCCGUCGCAACGAGACUUUCGAAGACAAGGAGAAGGGCCUGCCCGGGGCGUACCUCGGAAGGACCAUGGUCAACCACGGCGAGGACUUUGAGUCGGACUCUGAGUUUGGCAAUUGCCUCAUUGCCAUGGGACGCGCCAACGAAACGAUUGCCGGUAUGCAGGAACAGUUCGUGGCUGACGCCACAACCGUCUGGCUCGAGUCGCUAGAUAGGAGUCUGGCUAUGAUGAAGGACUACCAGAACGCCAGGAAGAAGCUGGAGAACCGCCGGCUCGCGCUCGAUGCAAGCAUGGCCAAGAUGCAAAAGGCGCGGCGCGACGACUUCCGUAUUGAGGAGGAGGUCAGGACGGCCAAGGCCAAGUACGAGGAGACAUCCGAGGACGUGGGCCGACGCAUGCAGGACAUCAAGGACGCCGAGGCCGACUCGGUUCGUGACCUGACGUCGCUCCUGGAUGUCGAGCUCGAGUUCCACGAGCGCUGUGCCGAUGAGCUUCGUAGGACUCGUGAGAUGUGGACUGCCACCAAUGCCGGUUCCUCGCCCAGUCACGGCGGAUACCACAACAACCAGGGCCACGGCUCUGGUGCUGUUGCCUACCCUGCUGAGCGCCAGGCUCCGGUUAGAAGCCGCUCAAACACAUUCCAGUCCCUCACCGAGCGACUUUCGCGCACAAACACGAACGGCAGCAACGGCAGAGGCGACAACAGUCGUUCAUACGACGACCACGAGCCCGCGCCGCCAGUCCGCAUGCCAAUCCGAUCCAAUGCCCAUGCUGGCGGGGCCAACUCGGCCGGGCCUGACAUGCCCACGCGCCCGUCGCUCGCGCGCUCCAACACGUUCCAGUCGGGCGCCUCAGUUGAGCGGGCACCCAUGCGGUCCGGGGCUAGCACCCCUGGCGGCUACAGCGGCGGCUACCAGCAACAGCAGGCGGCAGCAUCGUCACCCAUGGCCAUGUCCACCAACGUUGGUGCGUUGCGUGGGCAGCUGCGCCCUGUGAGCCGCAUCGUGAUGCGCCCAGACGAUAACAACAACGUCUUCGCCGACCGGUACGACGACGACACUUCGAGCAGCAACGGCAGCCCGGAGUGGGGUACCAUAGCUGGCGGCGAGCGGAGCACCUCGCCCGCGACGAGCUACGGCAGCGUCAGCAGGAGCGCUAGUACGCUCGGCCGCAAAGCACCGCCUCCCCCGCCGCCCAGCCGCUCCAAGAAGCCUGCCCCGCCCAUCCCGGCGAAGCGUGAGGUGAUGUACUAG